GUCUUUGUUCGUUAGAUGGGAAGAUGCCUUGGUGGAUCUGAUACACUUUUCGGUUUGGAUGCUAGGAAGCGGAAUUUUCGAUUUUCUAUUUCCUUUCACGGAUCCUGCAUUUGUGCUCUUCUUACCGCUUAUUUGUUCUAUAAGACUGAAUCUGCUGAAUCUCGUCCUGUGACGAAGAUCUUCCUCCGCUGUGCUUGGUUCACAAUGGUUGUUCUUGCUGCUUCCAUCGUAACUAAGUCAGGAAAAGUGUUGGUUUCAAGGCAGUUUGUGGAGAUGUCUCGAAUAAGGAUAGAAGGACUGCUCGCUGCCUUCCCUAAGCUGGUGGGAACAGGAAAACAACACACUUUUGUUGAGACUGAGAAUGUGCGCUAUGUAUACCAACCAAUAGAAGCACUUUAUCUCCUACUUGUGACAAACAAACAGAGUAACAUUCUUGAAGAUCUGGACACACUAAGACUCUUAUCCAAACUUGUGCCUGAAUAUUCGCCUUCACUAGAUGAAGAAGGUGUAUGUAAGAUGGCUUUUGAGCUCAUUUUUGCUUUUGAUGAAGCCAUCUCACUGGGCAACAAAGAAAAUCUGACUGUAGCACAAGUUAAACAAUACUGCGAAAUGGAGAGCCAUGAAGAAAGAUUGCAUAAGUUAGUCAUGCAAAACAAAAUUAAUGAGACUAAGGAUAUCAUGAAGCGGAAAGCUAGUGAGAUUGACAAAAGCAAGAUUGAGAAAAACAGAGGCGAUAAAGGAGGAUUGAUGGCUUUGUCUGGUCCUCGAAGAAUUGAAAGUAGCUUUAAUGACAUGAGCAUUUCCAAUUCUGGAAGUGGUUUUGGUAGUGGAUCUGGAAUUGGAUUGAGCAGUGAUGUGGAAUCCUUCUCUAUUAAGCCCAAAGGCCGUCCAUCUGCAUCUGCUACUGCUCCCUCAAAAGGCCUUGGUAUGAAGUUAGGGAAAACACAAAAGACAAACCAGUUUUUGGAGUCUUUAAAAGCUGAAGGAGAAGUUAUUCUCGAGGAUGUGCAACCAAAUGUUGCUCAGUCAAAAUCCUCUCUUCCAUCAACUGACCCUGUCACAUUGACCAUUGAAGAAAGAUUAAAUGUUGUCAUCAGGAGGGAUGGUGCUCUUAACAACUUUGAUAUCCAGGGAACUCUUUCCCUGCAAAUUCUUAACCAGGAAGAUGGAUUUGUGCAACUUCAGAUUGAAAAUCAGGAUGUUCCUGGCCUUAGCUUCAAAACCCAUCCUAAUAUCAACAAAGAGUUAUUCAACAGCAAGCACAUUGUGGGAUUGAAAGAUCCCAACAGGCCAUUCCCUGCAGGUCAAAAUGAUGUUGGUCUCAUGAAGUGGAGAAUUCAGGGCAUGGAUGAAGCUUCUUUGCCUUUGACUGUCAAUUGCUGGCCCUCUGUUUCUGGUGGUGAAACUUACGUGAACAUAGAGUAUGAAGCAUCGGAAUCGUUUGACUUGCAGAAUGUUGUAAUCUCCAUACCGCUCCCUGCACUUAGGGAGCCACCAAGUAUAAGGCAGAUAGAUGGAGAAUGGAAGUAUGACUCCAGAAAUUCCACAUUGGAUUGGUCCAUUCUUCUGAUUGAUCAUGCUAACCGCAGUGGAUCGAUGGAGUUUGUUGUGCCUCCAGCUGAUUCAUCAGUAUUUUUCCCCAUUGCUGUCAGAUUUACUGCCGCAAGCACAUAUAGUGAUGUUAAGGUUGCAAAUGUCAUUCCACUCAGAGACAAUGCUCCUCCAAAAUACACACAAAGGAUUCAGUUGAUCGCAGAUACCUACCAAGUUGUUUGAUGAUGACAGAUAUUUGCUGGUAGCUUGAACCAUUCUGCUCUCCAAUAUUUUGCUUGCCCAAAAGGACCUCUUUAUUUUAACAAAAAAACAAUUUUGCUUCGGUUGCAAAUAUUGAUGAUUGUUGAUCUGGGAAAAAAAUUCGGAAGGGGAGUCAUGCAUGAGUGUGCAUACGAUUCAUGGAUCUCAUAAUAUUCCAGAAUUUCCCUAUGCUUGGUGAUUUCAUAUUAUAUUGGAACCCCCAUUGCACGAAAAGAAAAAAAAAAAUUGUAUUUUUUUGUGAAACAUGACUUCAGAACGUUUGGUAGGGUGGCUAGACAAGAUUAGUUAUGUAAUAAGGUCAUGUAGUAAUUGCUAAUCAUUGAGGGUCAACUUAUUUGCCUAAA